CCACCCCCUACCGCUUCGUCUUCUCACUGCAACCCAAAUCCCCACCAUUAACCUACUAGAGUAUAAUUUUUCUCAAUGUUCUUUUUAUUUUUAUUUCAGAAUCUCUCCACAUCCUCCACAAAAUAGUAGUCACUAACUUGAACAAGCUUGAAUACCUCAAUCUUUCAUCUAAAUCAUUGUUUUCUAGGUUAAUUUCUAAUGAAAUUGAUUUGAUUAUUGGUCUUACAAUUCUUUUACGUUUCAAUAAUUCAUUUGAAUACCUCCCUUUCUUUAUGUUUAAUUUUUUCAGAAUAUCCCGUUACACCCUUCUGCUUCGUCUUCUUCUUGCCCCCCUUCAAGCUGCCAAUUUUUCCCUAAGUCCCCAUCAUUAUCCCCAGCAUGUCUUUUAUCCCUCUUUCUCUCUUUUUUAUCAUUAAUUUAACGGAAAAGAGUCAAAAUUAUUCCUGAACUUUGAAAAAUAGUUCAUCCAUGACCUUCGUUAUACUUUAGGGCCAAUUAUACCCUUACCGUUAUACUUUGGGCCAAAUAUACCCUUGAGUAUAACGACGUGCCACGUGUCAAAAUCUCAGUGGCCAACUUAUUUUCCCUCUUUUAUUUUUCAUCCGGAUGCCUAUUCCUUCAGAUCCGACCCAAUUAAUUUAUUACCCGACCCGUAAAAUAACAUAUCAUUGCCAUAGCCAAACCUAACCUGUAUAUCUAUAACGCCUCUCUCUCUCUCUCUAAAAAAAAUACAGAUCUCUUCAACCUCCAUAGCAGAUCUAAAAAAAAACGCAGAUCUCUUCAAACUAAGCUUGGAAUUCUUCAUCCAAGAAUAAUUUAUACUCUUCCACUCAGGAUGGAUAUCCACUAUGGCAUGCUAUGUCGUCUCUUUCAAGACAAAGUUUGGUGCAGAUCCUAUCAUACUUAGGCCCACAGCUUAUUAAGAUGAUAAAAGUCAACUUAUUCUUCCAUCAUGGUGGUGAUUGGAUUCGAGAACCACAUGUAUUGUAUGAAAAGAAAUGGGUUCACUAUUGGAGAGACUCAAUAUUUCAAGGGAAAGUUACAAGAUGACCCAAAAUACAAGGUAAAAGAUAUGAGGGAUGACCCACCAGCUUUGGUCAAACUUGCCGGCAGACCCAGGAUUAAGAGAGAUAGAGGGAAAGAUGAGGCCCUUAAGAGGCAAGGUGAAUGGAAGCUUUCAAGGAAAGGUAGCGUGAUGACUUGCAGCAACUGUGGAGAGCCAAAUCAUAAUGUUAGGAGUUGUGGCAAGCCAAAGAAAGGCAAGCAACCAGCUAAGAAAAGGCAGCCUGCUAGGGGCAAAAAGAGGCAGACUCGGGGCUUAGUUGAUGAAGAUGAAAAUUCCCAAGUUGAAGAAGAAAUCAACUUAACAGCCCCCCAACCAACCCAAGACAGUCAGUCCAUGCCUAGUAGCAGCACCCUAUUUCCUAACUUUGAAUAUCCUUCAGUUGAGGAAGAUGAUGAAGACCCUUUUCUAAGGCCCAUAGUGAUUUCUGAAUUUUCCACAAGGCUUCAAAUGAGGCAGAAAGCACAAGAACCAACAGGUAGAAGGGCAAUAAGCUUUAGAGGUGACCACAAUGGUGUUAGCGAGGCAGCCAAUCUUCCAGUCUCAUUAACAAGCUUAACUUGGCAAGGGAAUGAUGCAGUUACUACCAGCCAGUUGGAGGCUAAAGCUCAAGAGAGGAUUGGGAAGUUGAAUCCAAGAAGGGGACCUAACAAUUGAUUUAGCUUUAUGAAAUGUUAUUGUUUUUUGUGAAUUAUUGGUGAUGUAUUUACUGCUUAAGACAAUACUCUUAAUUUGCUAAUUAUGUAAUGGUCAAACUAAAUGGAUGCCACAUUAUGACUUGGGAUGUAUUAGUUUUUAGGGUUAUAGUGUGGCAUCCAUACAACUAUUGACUUAUUUUGUGUUGUGGUUGACAGUUUCUUUAGCAUAUUUAUGGUGUUUGAAA